UUCACAUCGUAAACCCAUCCAUAUUUAGUUCUUCUCAAAUUAACUUUUUGAACUUGUAUUAUCUCGGUCCAAUUUUAGCCCCAACGUACUAUUGUGAAUCAUGGAUUCAAAAUGGGUGAUAUUUUUUGCUUUUUUGGUACAAUUUUGUGGUGCUAUUAACAUAUUAUUUUACAUGCCUUGUAUUGGUGGUCAUUUUAGUACCAUGUCAACUUUACUUGCACCAUUAUGCAAAACGAACAAUUGCACAGUUUUCGAAUCCGCCAAAAUGUGUGAGCGAAAACUUGAAUCUUUCCACAAAACUGUCAAAUUUGAUGUAAUUAAAGGUCACGGAUUACCUGAUGAGUAUUCUUUUCAAGGCAACUUGAACUUUUUGCUCACGAUUUGCGAUUUUUUAUCUGAUAUGUACGAAUAUGCGUUUGAUUCCUUAUCAGAAGUUAUCGACCAAAACCCUGGAAAAUUUGACCUUCUAAUUACUGAUAGUUCAGCAGUUUUGGGUAGUCUUCUGAUCGGUGAAAAGUACGACAUGCCUAUGAUCAUCCAAAGUCCAGGAAUUCCAGGAGGUUCUGAAUGCGUGCAAGACAAAUGGCCAGUUAAUAUAUUCGAACUGUACAUUCUCAAGCCUUUCGUUUCAAAAUGCCGAAAGUUUAUUGAAGACAAGAGAGCCGAACUAAACCUCCCGAAUUUGGAUUUUCAAGGUGGUUUUUUGGGCACCGAAUAUUCCGAUCGGUUUCCAAUGUUUGUUCCGACUUCGCCUUCUGUGUACCCUAAGCCGCACCCGAGCGUAGAACAUGUUUAUUUAGGAGGACUUCGUGAUGAAAAGUUGCACCCAAAGUUAAGUCCGGAAUUAGAAUUAUGGAUUGGCAAAAAUGGCAAAGAUAUCGUAUACAUAUCUCUUGGAACUCAUUCAACGUUAGAAAACGAAGAGUUGAAAACCUUUGUGGAAAAUCUGAAAAGUCAGUCAAAGCUAAGAUUUAUUUGGUCGCUAGGUCUUGGACUUGAAAAUAAAGCAAAAUCUCUGAAUAUAUUUGAUGAAAAACAUGAUUCUGUUUUUCUGAGCAACUAUUUGCCUCAAUAUACGUUGUUGGGUCACCCGUCUGUGAAAAUAUAUGUAUCACAUUGUGGUUUGGGCUCAAUGGUCGACCAAAUUUCCCGAGCAAUUCCGGGUAUUUUUGUGCCCCAAUUUGGCGACCAAUUUUCAAAUGCAGCCAAACUCGUAAGCCUUAAAACUGGAAUAACCCUAAAGGAAUUCAAAUUCGAACUGUUAUUUGAAGCCAUUCAAAUGGUGACCAGGAAUUAUGAGAGCUUCAAGAAAAAUUUAAUUCUUCUUCAGAACGAGUUCAAACAAUACGAAAAUCAUGAGGCGAUAAAUGAGUUUGCUCUCAAAGUUGCGUCGAGGAAGAAAUUAUCGAUCAAGACCAAAUUGCCAUAUCAGGUAAACUGUGCUCGAGUUGCAAUGUUUUGGAAUCUGAUUAAGGUCGUGUUCACAAUUUUGGGAACGUGCUUGCUUUAUUUGAUUUGCAAACUGCUUUGGAGAUGUUGUAAGAAAAGAGCCAAAACCCAGAAAAAGAACAAAUGAUUACGAAUACAUUCAACGAAAAAUUUUUGAAGUUUUUUUAAUAUGGUACUUAAUCAGAACAGGCAAAAAGUCAAAAUCGAGAGUUGCGUACAUUCAAAUGAGAAGAUGCAUCGCUCAUUCACUCAUUAUUGUAUAAAACAACCAUGUUCAACAGUUUACAACAAAGACAACUUGGAAAAUAGUUAACUCGAAAAAUUUAAGGAAAGCGGCGAUU